AUGAGAGGUGCCAUGGGAGUCUCACUCAUGCUCCUCCUGGUGACUGUGUCCGACUGUGCCGUGAUCACGGGGGCCUGUGAGCAGGACGUCCAGUGCGGGCUGGGCACCUGCUGUGCGGUCAGCCUGUGGCUGCGCGGGCUGCGCAUGUGCACGCCUCUGGGGCGGGCAGGAGAGGACUGCCACCCCGGCAGCCAUAAGAUCCCCUUCUUCAGAAAACGCCGGCACCACACAUGUCCCUGCCUGCCCAACCUGCUGUGCGCCAGGUGCCUGGACGGCAGGUACCGCUGCUCCGGGGACCUGAAGGGCCUCAACUUUUAGGAGCUUGUCUGGUCUCAGGACACCCACCGGGCCUCUU